AUGGCUCGUCAAUCCGAUACCUCCUCGUACACCACCAUGUCUGAUUCUCUCAGCACCGAGUCUUACCACCCUACCCGGGAGGAUCCAGUUGUUGACGCAGCAACUUCGUCCCAUGCAAGAAGACCUAAGGAAACGGUCACCGGGUUUUCAUCAGAAAUCGCUCUUGAUGAACACACAAGGGAAGGGUCAAGGUAUGUACAUAACUCCAUUGCAACUAUCGUCACUCAGAUACUAUCUGGCAAUAGAAAUGUUCCUGGGGUUUCUGUUCCCUUGAACACAAUCAUUCCUGAUAUUGCUGCAUGUCAAGAUAAAGCUGUAGUGUUGAGAAAAAAUGUCACUGACAAUGUUGAGCAACCAGAUGCUCAUGAGGGAUCAAAGAUUGAAAAACCCUUAGGCAAAGUGAGAGGUGAGAAGGCCAAUGUUACUCAAGGUGUUGAGGACAACCCUAGGGCUGAAACGAUUAACGUGGAAGAGCUCUCAGACAAUGAACUUCUGGCUACCGUUGUCCCUAGGAUAGCCAAGAGAGUUAGGUCUAGAAGGGAGAAAAAGGUUGUGGAGCAGAAGUACCCCUCCAAGGAAGUUGGUGAAACAAAUCCUCAUAGACAACCAAGGACAGAGAGUACUCGCAAAAGGAAAGGCUAUGGACCUGCCAAAUCUUGGAGCAAAGAGGUGCCCAAGAAGUUGAAGACCAAGGCAGUGGUGGUAGAGUCAGAAUCUGAUGUCCCAUGUGAUGUCACAACUUCCAUGUCCAGGAAGAAGCCCUCUUCAAGCAAGUUGGCUGCUAGUGUCCCAGAAGUCCCGAUUGACAAUGUGUCCUUCCACUUUCCCUCCAGUGUUAACAGAUGGAAGUAUGUCUACCACAAGAGGCUGGCCCUGGAGAGAGAACUGGCACAGAAUACACUGGACUGUAAGGAGAUUGUGGAUCUCAUCAAAGAGGCAGGAUUGAUGAGAACUGUGUCUCAACUCCCUAAGUGCUAUGAGACCUUAGUGAAAGAGUUCAUUGUAAAUCUGUCAGAGGAGUGUGCUGAUGGUAAAUCCACAGAGUUUAGAAAGGUGAUUCUCAGGUUGAGACUAAGGAGUGAUAAGUAUGUGUUUGCAGAGGAUGACGUAAUUGGCCUCUUUAGUAGUUUUAUUUCUACUUAA